GCUCCCGCGCCCCCUCCCUUCUCCGUUCGCGUCGUAUAUUUUAAUUUACUGAUUAAGCGACAAACGCAUUUGUCGCCCUAGGCAGUCGCCUAGCUCGCCUAUGCCGAGCGCCGGCCCUGCUGAUACCUAUGGAUCAUCUGAUUUUUCCCUCUAGUUGCUAAAGCUCUAUCGAAUAACUUGUUACAGUGAUUAAGAUAUAUGAAUAAACCCAAACAUUUCUUUAGAUGAUUGACAGGCUCUUUGACAUAUUGAAUAGCCGAAACCCUCAUGCUAGAGGAUACAAAGCACCUAUUGGGAACCUCCAUUGGUGUUACAAGUUUGAGUUCCUGUCAAAGGCUAGGAAGUACUUGCUAGCAGUCAAAGAGGUUACUUUUUAAAUACUUAUUGCAUGUUGUUCUGAAUAGAGUUCAUGAUAUGCUAUUAUGCACAGAGUUCACAAUGUGUUGUUUUGCACGGAGUUCAUGAUAUGCUGUUCUGCAUCAGGUUUAAAAGAAGUUCUGUAUUUUUGUAGGUGGAGUUGGUAAUAUAAUGAGCAAUGUUGAUAAUUUAAAGUUAAUGUAGUCUAUAGCAUGUCUGCUAUGAUCAGUUCUACAAAACAUUUUGGAAAUUUAAGGUACCUGUCUGUCAUGGGGUUCGUUAUAAACAUUGACACUCUGAUGGGAAUGAUUCCUCAACUCCUGGAAGAGCAACAAUAUGUCCUGAACUACCGCUUCAGCCAGGAUCAUUUGGAGCUUCUCUUCAAUUCUAUCAGAGCAUCAGGAGGCUGGAAUAACAACCCAACUGCUGGACAGUUCCAGGGUAUCUUCCACAAGCUCAUCAUGUAUAGAUGUGGUGUCAAGCCGGUGGAUUCUGGCAACGUGAGAGGACAGGAUGCCACUGUCACCCUGUCAGCUGAGCACUACACCAGAGUCUCCCUUUCCGCUGCUGAGAUGUCCUCUGCAGAUGCCGCCACUGCUGAAGAGCUGGUUUCUCCAUUCCUGAACAUUUCUGCCCUUGUAGGGAACCACAGCUACCUCCCGACUCGCUUCGGUGCUCUAGUAGACAACGCACUGGUCUACAUUGCUGGGUUCGUUGUCCGGUGUAUUUUUCGCAGCCUGUCCUGUGUUGUGUGCCGUGCCAGCCUGGUGACAGAUGCUGUAGCUGUCCCAUUUGACCAGAGCUACCAUCUGCUGGAACUUCGUAAUAACGGUGGGCUGAUGAUUCCUUCAAAGGGAACUGUAAAGGUGGUGAGAGCUGCGGAGAGGGCAAUACGUCAACACUCUUCAGGGAAAGCCCCUGAUGAGGUUGUUGUAGCCCACUUUGUCAGAGAGGAAAUCGGGACAGAGGAUGUCUUUGCACUGGGGAGCCAUGUCCAAGAAAGCCAGUUUGGCAUUGACAAUCACCUGUCCCUCCUCCUGUCGCUGGUUGUCUGUCUUUAUGCGAAUACGGCUGCAUCAUAUCGCCAAAUUAACCUCGCUUACCGGGCAGAGAGGAAAUUCCCGAAAAGAACUUGAAAAAACCAUCCUGUUUCAAGGAUUUUCAAAACGACAGAUAUAGUUACAUAUAUAUAUAUAUAUAUAUAUAUAUAUAUAUAUACAUAUAUAGUAUUAAAUGUAUAAUUGUAAACAUACUGUACCAAACUACAUUAGGAUUAUAAAUCAAUAAAAAUUAUAUAUAAAGUGUAAAUAUAGUACAUCAAAUUAUAAAAACUAUUAUAGACCUGUGUAUAUAUAUGUACAUAUAUGGAUUGUAUAAAUAUAUAAAUUAUAAAAUAUAUAGUAUUUUAAGUUGCAUAUGUAUGGAUUGUAAAUAUCAAAUAUAGUGUCAUAAAUAAAGAAAAUUGUAUAUAGAUAGAUAUAUAAAAAGAUGAGGAACACAGGAAGUUAAUUUAUUAAAUAUUUAUUGUGCUUUUCUUUGUUUUGUAUUUUUCACAUGUUUAAUUUGUAUUUGAAUGUCUGAAAUAAAUUCAAUCAAUAGUU